AUGAAGACCACCGACUUUGACUUCGACAUCAAGUCGCGCGUGAUGCCUCACGACCCCAUCGAGUUGCGAGGAAAGACGCGUGAAAGCGGCAAGAUGAUUGUCCUGGACCGAACCGCCAAGACAAUCGAGCACAGAGUCUUCUCCACUAUCUGCGACUACCUCCGCCCGGGGGACCUCCUCGUCGCGAACGACAGCUAUAUGCUGUCCAACACGUUGGAUUUUACAAAGGGCGACAACGCCGUGCAGAUAACGCUGCAUGGGCACGAGCCCGACAGCAUGGCCCUUGUCAGCGUCAGGGCCGUUGACGGCCAUGGCGUCGUCAUCGAACCGGGGCUCGUGUUGCAAUCCAAGGACGAAGACUCCCUGACAUGCACGCUGGUGCAUCAGAAUGAGGACGCGCUCUGGAGUGUCAGAUUCGAACCCUUUGAGCUCCAGAUGGCGACACUCGAGAAGUAUGGGCGGCGCCUCAACGAAGUCGUCCACUUCAACCCGGAGUUUUGGACCACCAAAAGAGACGCCUACCGCUCCGUCUACGCCAAGGUGCCGGGCUCGCUGCAGAUCCCAUCCGCCGGCCUCCACUUCUCUAACGGGCUUCUCGCCGAGGCGGUCGCCAAGGGCGUCGAGCUGGCCUUUAUCACGCUGCACGUCGGCGUGAGCGAGACGUUCAUGGUGCGACACAUAACCACGGAGGAUAUUGAGAACCACAAGGUGCGGUCCGAGUACUACGAGGUGGGCGGGCAGGCGGCCGCGCAGAUCAACAAGGCGCGGGCUGAGGGCCGCCGCGUCGUCGCCGUGGGGACGACGGUGAUGCGCACGCUCGAGACGCUCACGCUCAACAAGGCACCGGCGACUCCUAUUGAGGCGCGCUCCGGGUGGACGGACCUGUACAUCUACCCGGGCUUCCAGUUCAAGGCGGUAGAUGUGCUCCUGACGAAUCUGCAUCGCCCGCGCUCGAGCCAUAUUGUGCUGACGGCGUCGUUUGCCGGCACGGAGCUCACCAUGAAGAGCUACGACGAGAUUGGCAAGAUGGGCGGCUACGAGUUUGACAUGUUUGGGGACAGUAUGUUGAUUACACUCGCGGCGACGGCUUCCACUAAACCACCCGCCGGCGGAGACGGUGACGUCCUCUGCUCCGUCGACGCCGCUCCGCCGGGCGGGCAAGGCACUGUCGCAACCGUCACGCUCUCGAACCCACGUCGGCUCAACAGCCUGAGCCGCGAGCUUAUCGCCAAGCUCACCUCGACACUGCGAUCCCUGGCCUCCGAGCCUGAUGUUCGCUGCGUCGUGAUCCAGGGAGCUGCACCAGCAACCGGCAAGAGCCCAUCUUUUACCACAGGUGCAAACAUCUUCGAGAUGACCCAUCUCAAGUCCUACGACGACGCGAAAAAGUUCAUCACCGAACUGCAUCACGCGUGUCAGGCAAUGCGCAACGUGCCAGUGCCGGCCAUAGCGCGCAUCGACGGCCUCUGCCUCGGCGGGGGGCUGGAGCUUGCUGCCUCCUGUGACUUCCGGUACGCGACGAGCAGGUCGACGUUUGGCAUGCCCGAGACCAAGUUUGGCAUCCCGUCGGUCGUCGAGGCCAGGCUGCUCGCCAACAUUAUUGGCUGGCAGCGGACCAAGGAGAUGGUGUACUUUGCCAAGUCGUACGACGCGGUCGAGAUGGAGAGAUGGUGGCUCGUCGACCAGAGCUGCGAGUCGGCCGAGGAGCUCGACGAGGUCGUCAUGGAUGCAGUCACCACGAUUUCGUCGUUUGGGCGCCAGGCCAUGAGAGAGCAGAAGCGCCUGGUGAGGAUUUGGGAGGAGAGUGACCUAGUUACCGGAAUCGAGGCUGGGGUUGACUCCUACGCCCGCAUGUUCAACGACGGUGGCUCGGAGCCGGCGCAUUACAUGAAGGUGUUCACGGAACGAAAGAAGUAG